AACACCCAAUUGCAAUUUGCGAUUGCAAUCUCCUUCUGCGCCCUAAUCACUUUGUCAUCUCUCUCUCUCUAAGAUAUAUAUAUAUAUAUAUAUGUGCAUGUAUAUCUAGAGAUUCAUAUUUUAGCACCAUUUUGAUUGAUCGCAAAUUGAAUUCUAGGGUUCACCAAGGUUUCUUUUUCCCUAAAACGUCUCUUCCGUCGUCCAAUUCGUGCGGUUAAUGAGUUAAAAUCAUUUCUGGACCUGUAAUGCGUGAAGAAUGCAGGAAACGGAUAUCCAACACUCUAUGUACGCAACGGACUCCAUGGAUGUACAGGAGCAUCAGCAUCAACAAGAGAGUCAGAUUGAGGACGAAGGAGGGGACGAUGUCGCAGGGGGUGAGUCUAUAGAUAAUCCUCAUAUCCGGUUUGACUCUCACUCCAUCCAUGAUGGAGGUGAUGUUGUCGUUCCGAUGAAUGACAAUGCCCAUAAUUCUCAUGUUUUAUACUCCACUGGCACUGAAGUUCCUCUAGCUGUUGGCGGUAGUUCCGUUGAUCAGCUUACAUUGUCUUUCCAGGGGGAGGUUUAUGUUUUUGAUGCUGUUACACCUGAAAAGGUGCAAGCAGUUUUAUUACUUUUGGGCGGAUACGAGGUGCCGACUGGAACUCCAACCAUUGGUGCAACUUCACAGAAUCCAAGGGCAUUGGAUGAUUUCCCUUGUAGAUCAAGUCAACCACAAAGGGCUGCCUCUUUGAAUCGAUUCAGAGAGAAGAGGAAAGAAAGAUGUUUUGACAAGAAAAUCCGCUACACUGUGAGGAAAGAAGUCGCACUCAGGAUGCAGAGGAAGAAAGGUCAGUUUACCUCAUCCAAGUCAAUAUCAGAUGAAGGCACUUCAGAUGGUGAUGGAACACAGGGUGGUUUACUUCAGACUACAGCACACGAGGAGCAGGAAACAUUAUGUAGUAAUUGUGGGGUAAACUCAAAAUCUACACCAAUGAUGCGGCGUGGACCAGCUGGACCAAGAACAUUAUGUAAUGCAUGUGGACUUAAAUGGGCUAAUAAGGGAGUCUUGAAGGAUCUGUCAAAGGUACUACUAAGUGGAGGUGGUGGUGGUGGAGGAAACAUUCAUAUGAAUAAUAACAAUAAUAUAAAAGCCAAAGAACAGAAUGUGGUUGAAGGUAAUAAUAGCGAUAUUAUUACGGUUGUGUCUGCUCCCCCAAGCAAUAAUAAUAUGGGUAAAAAUCAUCCCCAGCAGCUCUAGUACUAGUAAGCUGUAGUAUCUUCUUCUAGCCACCACCGGAUUGGAUUUGUAUUUGAAAUGUCAAAUUAUUAUUAUACACUACUUUAAGAUUAUUUUUAAUUUUGAAGCGUAAGCUCUUGAGGAUGAUGGUCUGUAACUAAGUACUAUUACUACUACAUUUGUGUUGUUGUAUAGUGUUUGUUACUCCACCUA